AUGUGUCAGGCAGUUCGAACGGAAACCUUUGGUGUCAAGGAUGAUAUCCAUGCCAAUGACAUUGCCGCAUUCGUUCGAAGAGGUCGCGGAGACUUUGUUAUUGGCAAGUCAAUCAGAAAGGUCAAUACAACCUUUGAGCUGUUCGACAAUCAUCCAAGAAUGAUUCUUUCAUCUGGUUCUCGAUGCAAAUCAGACAAGAACCAGCCUCAGAAUAUCAGGGCUUCAACGGUCAUUGACUUCAUCUGCGACCCAUCGUCAUUUGGCUCUGGUCAACCCCGACUCAUUGCCCAGCUACCUCCCGGAAACGAAGACGAGGGAUGCGCGUAUCAAUGGGAAGCUGAUUACACCAUACUGACAUGGUUACCACCCAAGUACGCAUGUCCUAUUAGCGAAAGUGGCAUCGUCUGGACAUUAUUCGUUACGUUGGCCGUCAUAUUCCUUGCCCUCCUGUUGACCUACACAGUCCUUGGUACUCUCUACAACCGCUUCGUCCUCCAACUACGCGGUGUCGACCAGAUCCCCCAAUUCUCCCUCGAAUCCAUGAGAUACCACGCAAGCGAAGCUAUCGACUGGGCCAAAGACGUCUUCUACGCCUACCAAUCCAGACCAGCUGGCUCCAGUGGCUUCUUCGGAGUACCCAACACCACCGCGACCAACCCCGUGAGCCACCAAACAUCUGUUGGAAUCAACAUCCGAGGCGAAGAUCUGGAAUCGAGAGGUGGAGGAGGACCAGGAGGCUUCGCCCGCCCCCAACCAGGCCACCGCACCUCAGGUUCUGCAGCAUUCUCUCGUGCACCACAACGCCCCAUCCCCGAAACCAACCCCGUCUCCCACCAAACACAAGUAAACGCCGAGCUCGAACAUCAACGUAUUCAAUCCCUCUCCCAGCAACGCUCGCCCCAUCUCUCGCAGACGCCUUCCCCACUUUCCGCUUCUUCCUCUCACUCUUCAGGAGAUAGAGCACCACUUGUGACCGUUUCGCAGUCUCCUUCUCCGCCACUGCCGCCUGUUCCGCUGCAAGGGCCGCAGCCACAGCCUCCAGCUGUUCCGCCUAAAGCUGCUGUACCACCAACCCCAGCUACCGCCAACCGUGAAUUCCAAGUUGGGAAUGCCGAUGAUGACGACGACGAUGAAGAUGAUGACGAUGACGACGAUGAGGAUGAGGAUGAGCAGGAUUACAACGAGUACAACCAGGUCGACGACGAUGCGAAGGAGUUGUCUGAUUUCAAGAGACCACCCCAGCAUCCAUCUGGUGCGGCACCUGGAGCUAGUGCAACAGGCUCGACUUCUACUCCGGCUUCGAAACCACCAUUGUAG